GUAAAAUCGAAUAUGUUAGACUAUUCUUGGAAAUCGAUCCCUCGGCAUCUCGUGCUAUUAAUAAAAUCAAUAAUUCAAAAGAGUCGCCUCUUUGCAUUGCAAUUCAAAAUUCAAACCUACAUAUUACAGAGUUAUUGCUCAAAAAUGGUGCACACGUUCAGAUCACAUUGGAAGACUGUGAAAAUUAUUUAAAAACAACUAAUGAUCCUUAUUGUCCAAGUAACCCGGUUAAUGUUCUUGAACGUGUAGAGCAACCAAUAAAAUGCGGCUUGAACAAUGGUUUAUAUCGAAUUCUUGUGGAAGCUGGUGCCGAUGUAAAUACCUACAUUGACAACACAAAUACACGUACUAUUCGUGAUUACAUGCAAAGCAAAAUAAAAGCUAGCGUAGAGGAAUUACAAAAGUUCAAUCCGGCAGUUUCUAAAACAAAAGUAAUUGAUCUAGACGAAUGGUUGGAUAAUGAACGAAUGAAGCACUCGACAAAUUCUUAUGUUGGCCAUUUGCUGUCUUUAGCGACUAGAUCGGAUCUUAACACUUUUAUAAGAUGCUCUUGUUCACAAAUUCUUUCCGAUAUUGGAUUAGAAUAUCGUGAAAUCCUCAACAUUUAUAAUAAAGUCAAACCCGAGUCCGAUAACGAAAAACAGGAACGCCGCGCUAAAUUAGAAUGUGAAUUGGAUGAUCAAAAAGAGUGUUUGAAGUUUUUAAUUGAGAAUGGAGCGAAGACCAUGGCAGAACUCAAACGAGGAGUGGAGCCAGAUUUUCAGCAUGAACAGCUUCAACAGUUACAAGACCGAUUGGUUAAGAUUCGAGAAGAUGUGGAAAAAGCAGAAACUGAAGCUGAAAAACAACAGUACCAACAGCAAGCUUUGCAAAUGUUAGUAAGCCAAAAUUUGAUACUACAAAAUGUUUUGCAACGUGGAGAACAAACCUCAGAAAUACAACAAGAAAUUUUGCAAUUAUUUGAUCAAAUUAAUUCAGCUUCAAUUAAAGAAAAUCCUAUCUCUGUAGAUAAGUUUCUUUAUCAUUUUACAUAUAUCAAUCCUGUUCACAAAACGAAGUCUUGUGAAAAUCCCAAUAAUUAUGUUUGGCAUAAUGGUACAUAUAUCAAUCCUGUUCACAAAACGAAGUCUUGUGAAAAUCCCAAUGAUUAU